UUAAAAUAACUAAUUCUGAAAACAUCCUUUGUUUUCUGAGAAGCGUAGAAGCAUUGAAGCACAUACGUAUAUGUGUGCAAGGAGAAGGUGGUGGAUUGGUUUGGUUUGGUUGGUGUGUGCUGCUUUACGUCCGUCCGAUAAGACUGAAUGGUGUAGGGGAAAACGAGAAGCAAAGCAGUGUGGUUGAUUUAACCACCGACAGACUGCCGUCCCUGAUGUGAAGCUGAUCAGGUAACAUCGAAUUUAAGCCAGGAAAUAUUUCAUGUAGACCGGAUCAACGGAGGGCUGUCACCUUGGACCAUGGGGAAGGAUGGAGGAACGAGUGUGCUUAGAGACCUGUGGGCACUCCGAACGAUAUUCCUGGUUAUCAUAGCUUCCCUGGCCCCUGUCCCCUUCCUCAUAAAUGGAACAGUCGAGUCGCGGUGUGCGUACGUGAUGAUAUUGAUGGCUUUCUUGUGGGUCACAGAGACUAUUCCUAUCCCAGUGACGUCAUUACUCCCCGUCUUCCUGUUCCCUGUUCUGGGCGUGGUCCCUGCAACAGACGUCUGCACAAAGUAUAUCAAUGAAACAUCCAUGUUAUUUAUCGGGGGUCUGAUAUUAGCCGUGGCUGUAGAGGAAGUUAAUCUACACAAGAGGAUAGCACUGAGGAUAAUACUGUUCCUAGGUACUCAGCCAAACAUGCUUUUGCUUGGUCUGAUGCUCCCUACGUGGUUCCUGUCCAUGUGGAUCAGUAAUACGGCCUCUACCUCCAUGAUGCUACCAGUCAUUUUGGCCGUCAUUGACCAGCUCAGGGACAUGGAAACUCCACGCACAGCAGAAGGACAAGAAGACAGUUUUGAAGAAGACAACACGAAACAGCGAGACCCUUGUCAGGAACAGUCAUCUGGUGAUAAGAUAGAGCUAUUGAGCGAUGAAAGUCACCUUGACGGAAGUACAAUGACUGAAGAGCAGCUGGUCAGGAUAGGAAAGGGACUUGCACUCGGUGUGGCGUACGGGGCAAAUAUCGGAGGAGUAGCCACGCUUACGGGGACCACGCCCAAUUUAAUUCUUCAAGGACAGGCAAACAGUUUAUACCGGUCUCGGAAGGCGGGAGCUGACUCUGGUGUUACUUUUGCCAACUGGAUGGGAUUCGGUGUGCCGUUAUCGGCUUUACUGUUCUUCACUGCAUGGGUGUGGCUUCAGCUAUACUCCCUUCGAGACAUGUGUUUUAGACGAAUCGGUGAGACCAAUAAGGCUCGUGUGAAAAAUGCGCUUAGAAAUGAGUACAACAAACUGGGACCCCUAAGUUUUCAGGAGGUUGUGGUUGUAGUGCUGUUUUUUAUUCUGGUGCUGCUGUGGCUGUUCCGGGAUAUUCCGGGUGUUGGAGGCUGGCGAUUCCUGUUUCCAGAGUCUCCUGUCUCGGGACCAUACGUCCGUGAUUCCAGCGCCGCCAUAUUUAUUGCUGUCCUGCUGUUCCUUUUACCGUCCAAAAUUCCUAGAAUUUUAUGUUGUCGACCUGACACCGAUGACGGUGAAAAUGACCAGACCGAGUACAGACCUAUCCUAGACUGGAAGACCACGGUACAGAAGAUACCCUGGGGAGUUGUUCUUCUUCUGGGUGGGGGUUUUGCUUUGGCUGAGGGAAGUUCGGUAUCCGGGUUAUCUCGCUGGGUUGGCUGUCAACUACAAGUGUUCAGUGGCCUUGAACCGUGGGUCAUGAACUUGAUUAUCUGCCUCAUUGUGACCGGGGUUACAGAGAUUACAAGCAACACUGCUACAGCUACUCUUCUGAUGCCCAUAAUGGCGGAGCUGGCCAUCAACAUAGGAGAACAUCCUCUCUACCUUAUGAUAUCAAGCGCCAUUUGUUGCUCGUUCGCUUUCAUGUUGCCCGUGGCUACACCUCCAAACGCUAUCGUCUUCUCCACUGGCUACCUCCGGAUAUCAGAUAUGGCUAUAGCGGGACUGGUUAUGAACGUGCUAUCAGUGGCAGUCCUCACAUUAGCCAUCAACACAUGGGGAGCUCCACUCUUCGGAUUGGACAGCAUUCCUGAUUUCUUGAAAGAUAUAAAGACGAACAUGUCAUCGUGUGACAGCCCAGCAAACACGCUUACUGAGUCGCCAAGUUUCACAUCCACUGUAGCCUGGACCCGGUAAAGUCAUUGGUAGGCCCACAAAAGUUUACGUCCAUCGUAUCCUUGACUCAAUAUGGACAGAUGCUGGCUGAUUGACCACUUAAACGUUUUUUGUGGCUGAACCCAAUGGAGUUGCUCCCCGAGCCUAUAGGUUGCACCCUUCCGUGGCAUUGAGCUUAAAUUGUAGAGAGUUGGUCGGUUCUCCAAAUUUCCCAAUCCACCGCGGCUUGGACCAAAUAAAUUUGUUGACCCACUUGCCAAGCUUCAUGUCUAACCUGGCCUUUCCCAGAACAGAUGCUGACCGAUUCACAUUGUCUGGAUUGUUCUUGGUCACAACUUCAUCACACAUGGACAAAAAAUAGCAUAUAGCGUCAACACGGAUCAGGAAAAAAUAUCACAAAUGUUAACAUAUCAGGAAUAUACCACAACCUCAACAUCAUGAAAAUAUUCAAUACCCUUCGAAAUGAAAUUUCCUUAGCAUUCAGUAAGAUUGGUCAUUAAAUAAAUACAAACUGGAUACCUGUACACGGCACAACAGCUAUGUAUGAAAACCAAACAUUCUACACGGUAACCACAAUUCAAUAAAAAGAUUUGAUUGCGUCGCUGAUAAGCAAUUAAUUUUUCAGAUUUCGACAGAUUGUGUGUCGUUUUAUUAUACAAAUAUGACACAAUCCAUUUCAAUUUACUUAAUCGAAAUCGUGUCUGCAAAUGUAAGUAAUCCACCAAAAGAUAGUUCCACAACAAUGUUCAGAUCUGAUGUUUUUUGUCUGAGAGAUGUCAAUAAAUGCGAGCAU